UUGCUUUAUAAUAUUUUUUUUGUAGAAAAAGCUCUGAAAAACUCCCGAAUUAACAACAAUUUGAUCAACCUCUUUUCUUCUUCUUCAUCAUGCAUUUCUACAUCAAUCUCAUCAUUUUUAAUUGAUCCGAAGAAGGAAGAGGCUAGAGCAUCAAUCUUUUAAAAUAUAUUAAUCGGGGUUUCAAUUUGCAUUUCUUUGUUUUCUUUGAUAUUUCCUAUUUUAUUUUUCAAAAAAAAUAACCCUAAAAGAUCCUGGCGGCAAAAAUGUCCAUGGGAGAGAGAUCGCCGAGGAAUAAAUUGAAGUUCAUGAGCAGCUUUGGCGGCAAAAUCCUCCCUAGACCUUCCGACGGCCUUCUCAAAUACGUCGGCGGAGAGACUCGUGUCAUCGCCGUUUCUCCAGACAUCACAUUCGCAGAACUCAUGAAGAAACUCAUAGAAAUCACAGAGAACGACGUCGUGCUCAAAUACCAAAUCAUCCCUGAAGAUCUCGACGCCUUAGUCUCCGUAAAGUCCGACGAAGAUCUCAAACACAUGAUGGAUGAAUACAACCGUCACGAAGCUCCGAAGCUAAGAACGUUCUUGUUUCCAGCGAACCCAUUGGUUCUCGAGAAUCAGUUAGGUCCUAUCGAGCCACAAACGAUAGAGCAGCGCUACAUCGAAGCAGUCAAUGGAAUUCUUCGCAAGAGUGUUUCUCUUCGAGCCCCAAUCAGAACAAGACCUUCUUUCACCCUCUCUGCUAGUGCUUCUUCUUCUCCGAGAUCAGAAUCAUCACCUGAUGGAUAUAAUCACGAGCUGUCUGAAACUGGUAGCAGCUACCAGUUGAGCAGGCUUUACCCAAUGCAUAAAGUACAGAGCAGUCCAAACAUCACUCAACCACAUAGCUAUCACCACCACAGUGCUUACCUUCAGCCACCUAACAACUUGACUUGUAGGCUGCGACCACCACCAUCACCCCCUUUAGUUUUACAGAGAGGCUGGGAUCCACCCAGUAACGCCCAUAGCUCCGGUGGUGGUACUGGUAAUGGAAAGUUCGGGUGUAAUGAAGAACGUAGGUUCUGGGGCAGAACAGGUAGUGUUCCUCAAAGUCCUCUGAACCAUGUCCUUCGUCUCUGAUAUUGCUGCAUGACAUUUGCGGCAACCAUCUGUGUAUGUUUUCUUGUACAGUUUUCAACAUUUGUAGGUAUCUACUAAAUGUGUGCGCCUGCGUGCGUGAUAUGCUGCAGGAGAAUGUUUUUGUGAAAAGGCUGCAAGAUGUUAUAUAUAAUUGGUUUAUUGUAUGUGUUUGUAAAUCUGAUGAGAAUUUGUGGUUGAGAUCAUGGAUUAUGCGUUCAAACACAAAUUUUGUUGAAAUUCAUCUUUGAUAUUAAUCGUGUGUAUGAUAAAUUAAGAAAAUAGUUGGUAAGAGUUUGUCUAUAUUUCUUUUCAAGCGAAAUUAGAACUUUCUUAACUUGAUAACAU